AUGAUACCCAACCGCAAAGGUCGCUCUCUCACAACUACGAUAUUAUUUCUUUUAGUCGCCUACUUUUUUCUUGUGUGGCUGCCUCUCCACCAACUCUUCUCCCACAAAGCCCAGCCGACUGUCAUAGAAAAGCAAUGGCAUAGGCUCAACAAUAUUCAUAUAAAUAACUCAAUAGAGAGGUUCCCUGUCACCUCCUAUAUCCCCCUACCGACAUCGCCAGUAUCGAUUCCCCGCAUUCAACACGACUUUCCUGUCGAAUCGCGACGAGAGCGCAAGGCGAGGCUCAAGAAGCGGGAAACUAUAAAACAAACAUUCUUGCACGCGUGGAAUGGAUACAAGGACCAUGCGUGGAUGCGGGAUGAGGUCUCGCCGUCAAGUGGCAGAUAUGAGGAUUCAUUUAGUGGCUGGGGUGCCACUCUCGUCGAUUCCUUAGAUGCCCUGGUCAUCAUGGGCCUCGACGACGAAUUUGAAAUCGCUUUGGAUGCGUUGAAAAGAAUCGAUUUCACGACAACUCCGAGCUCCUACGUCAACGUCUUCGAAAUUAAAGCCGUCGAGCUUGGCGAAAUGAUCUACAACGCAUUCGAUACGCAUAACCGGAUGCCCCAAAUGCGCUGGGAGUGGUCUGAAUCGGCGCAAAAUCUGGAAAUCCAACCUAGCGAAGUCACCAAUCUCGCAGAACUGGCCUCAUUGACGGUUGAAUUUACCCGACUCACCCAAUUGACGGGCGACCCAAAGUACUACGAUGCUGUUCAGCGGAUCACAGACGUACUAGAAAAGAACCAAAACGAGACUCGACUCCCUGGACUGUGGCCGACAAUUAUUGACGCCGAUCAUCUUUGGUUCGACAACGCGGAAUUCACUCUCGGUGGAUGCGCCGACUCGGCUUACGAAUACUUGCCAAAAGAGCAUAUCCUUCUCGGUGCGCAGACAGAUCAAUACCGCAAUAUGUACACCGAAGCGAUUGAAGCGAUCAAGAAGCAUAUGCUAUUCCGACCCAUGCUCAAGGACCAAGACAAACAAAUCCUCUUCACCUCAAAUCUGAUAGUCAAUCGAGGUGGCAGUGUUUACAAAGAACGGUUUCUCCAAGAGCACCUGAAGUGCUUCCUAGGUGGCACUGUCGGUAUCGCAGCCAAGGUCUUUAAUCGCACCGAGGACAUGUCCAUCGCACGAGAGCUUACCGACGGUUGUAUCUGGUCAUAUGACGCCAUGCCCACGGGAAUCAUGCCUGAAGCAAUGGAAGUUGCUGCGUGCGACGACAAGGAUAACUGCCCGUUCGAUGAUGCGAAAUGGUAUGAAGGCGUGUGGGGAGAACAACUGAAGACGGAUAGCGAACGACAUCAAGUGCAGAAGUUGAUCAAGCAUGAGCGCCUUCCAGCAGGCGUGACUGUCCUCCGGGACUCUACGUACAAGCUUCGACCUGAAGCCCUAGAAUCUAUCUUUAUCAUGUACAGAAUUACUGGCGACAAAUCGCUCCAAGAUGCCGCAUGGCGCAUGUUCAAGAACAUCGACAAGGCAACACGCACCAAAUUUGGACAUUCGUCCAUCGAAGACGUUCGUGACAGCGAGCCACAGCUGAGUGACAAGAUGGAAAGCUUUUGGCUCGCCGAGACGCUCAAAUACCUCUAUCUUAUAUUUUCAGAGCCGAGUCAUGUUAGCCUGGAUGACUAUGUCUUGAGUACUGAGGCCCAUCCUUUCAAGCGUCCAAGCGGAGGCUUCUAA